UUGUUUUCAUGACGUUUUAGGAUGAUUGUCAGUAUGACGUAUUAUGGCAUCACAAUGAACGCUGGAAAUAUGGGCGGCAGCUUCUUUUUGAAUUUCUUCCUGAUGGGUUUUGCUGAAUUACCAGGUAUCCUAGUAGGAAUGUUUAUAUUAGACCGGCUGGGCAGACGGUGGUCGAAUGCUGGGAGUAUGAUAUUAGGAGACGUGGCUUGUUUAGCUACUAUACCAGUUGUUUUACUCGGAGGAGAUGAACUCCAACCAUUAACCAUCACUUUAGCGUUGAUAGGCAAGGCGGCCUCAGCAUCUGCAUUUGGCAUAAUUUAUAUGUUCACAGCAGAGUUAUCUCCAACUGUACUUAGGAACGCUGCAGUGGGUCUCUGCUCAUGCGCAGCUCGUGUUGGAGCCAUGUUGGCGCCAUAUAUAGCUAAAUCUGGUGAAAUGAUAGGAGGAAAAUUUGGAACUAUAGAACCAUUGGUUAUAUUUGGUGCUCUAUCAAUUAGCGCCGGUUUGUUACUGUUGCUGUUGCCUGAAACACACAGACAAAUACUUCCAGACACAAUAGCUGAAGGGGAACAAUUUGGAAGAAAAAUGCAACCAAAAGAAAAAGAAGUUGCGAUACCAUUAACAUCAAAAAGGAAGGAUAUGUUGUGAACGAAAUAUAUAAAUUAAAAUAUUUUUCAAUUUUCAACUAAUACAUGUAUUAAUUGAAAGUACUUAACGUAACGUUUCAAAAGAAAACAUAAAAGAAUUGUUUCGUCAAAGUCACGUGGUACAACUACUUAAGUUUCAUAUUCUUUCCGAGAUUAUUAAGAGUAAAUGGCGAGGUGAUUCGAAUGAACACCGAGAAUGAUCUCGUAUUCAUGUAUUGUAUAUCAUGUAAAGAUAAGUUUUUCAUUUUUGUUCGGAUAUAAAAAUUAAAACAGUAA